UCAAAUUAGAACUUAAAUUUCUAAUUUUGUCAAAACUGAUAUCAAAAAGUGAACAUAAAUGAAUUAUUUCACGAUAUGAAAUAGCUAAACAGUAGUUUUUUCAUUCCAGAAGUAUAUUAAACAAUUUUCCCGGCAAAAAUGGUUCCCGUACUUAGAUAAUUGUAAUAUUCCUAACAUGUAUUGGGAUGCCUUUAUAUCGUGACAGCUUUAGAAAAAGGAAAACAAAAUUAUAUUUUGCGUGCCAUACAUGAGACUUAGCGAAAAUGUUUUCUAAGACCAUAACCAGUAAAGAUUCGUUUUUGGAACAAACAAAGGCUGCAAGGGAAGAACGUGCACUUGAAAAGAAACGGGAACAGUCAGCAAUUAAAAUUCAGUCUAUGAUACGUGGUUGGCUCGCUAAACAAAGAUUUAAUAAAAUUAUUCUAUACGAUUUUGAUCAGCUAUUGCCCGAAUACGCAAGCCAGGGUUCCCAAGAUGAACCCCAGCAACCAGAGUUGAUCCAGGCUUUGGAUGUAUUUAGAUUAGCUUGUCGCCUUUUUCUUGUUUUUAAACAACAGAGGGAUAAGAAGAGGUUUGAAAAGCUAUGCAAAUAUAUCGUUCAAAGCCUACACUCCGAAUCAGUCAAGAUAUCAUAUGUUGGCGUUUUUCUCAAUAAAGAGUACAGUUUUCGUUGGAUAGCUCACAUAAAGGAUUUGUUAUACAAAUGCUGUCAAUAUCUUGAGGAACUGAAACCAGAAUCACCUCUGGACAUGCAAAGCAUUUUGAUACACCUUCACACAUUGCUAGCAUUCACAGCUACAAAUACUUGGGCUUUGACGAGGCUAAAAAACUUUGAGAAACUUCGAGGAGGGAUGACACAGUUGUGUGCUAAUGUUAUGGGUUCAUUGUUUCACAGAGGAUAUUAUUUAACACUUAAGUCAUUACUUCUUCGUGGACUCUGCAGGGAAAAGGUGGCCCUAAAAAAUAUAGCUCUGACAGCAAUAGUGACAUUGGCCUUACGACCAUUAGUAUCUGCUCAGUUCUCAGAAAAGCUACUCACUAUGUAUAUAAUUCAAAUACUAUCUGUACCUACACUGGUUUUUCACAUGCAACAGAUAUCACCUGAGUCUAUGGCAGCAUUCCGAACACAUUCUAUGUUUGACAAGUGCAUUGAGUUUCUAAGCGCAGAUCAGAACAUGAGAAUUGUAUUUAAUACAUUGGAGGGGAACUAUGCUUUGUGUUUGUUGGCCAACUUGACACAGCUGGCCUAUACAGAGAGGGAUUACGCUCAGCCUUCAACAUACUAUCCAACUUUUGUGUUGGUAGUGUCACGUUUUCUAGAUAGCUGUCAGCAAUACGUCGUCUGCAAGAAGAGCAAUCUCAGUAAAUGGCAUCCCAUACUGGGCUGGUUUUCACAGAGUUUUGAUAUGUAUUUACCUCUCGCUAUGGGGAAUUUAAGGACACAGUUGUCAUUGUUAUGGGGCGUACCAAUGUUGAAGAAGUUACUUGGGGUCCCGUUGAAGGAGAUGUUGGAGGCCGGUGUGUCGGAUGAGGCUGGACCUUCGAAUCCAUCCACACCGUUACAGAGCAACCCCGCAUCGUUUAUAAGGAGGGCGAUUGAGGCUAGGACUAACAGAUCUAAUUCGAAUAAAAACUUCAGGAAGCUGGGAUCUCCGGAUUGCACUAAAAUUGCUCUCAUAUGCUCUAUGUACCACACGGCUCUUCAUACAAUGACUCAAGUUAAAUUGGAUAUUUUGACUGGUCUUUGCAACCAGGACGAGAUCCUGUACUCCCUGUGGCUGUUCCUGUGCACUCUGGGUCCGAACUGCGGUUUAAAGGCCUUCAUCGACCUCCUGACCCUCAACACCAAGGCCACAGCACCGGAGUUCCAAAUGCUCGUCCUAUUCGCUGAUUGUAUGACGCACUAUGUGACAAUUUUAGACGACCUGGAAAUGUAUGAGAAGCAAGAUCCGUUUAAGCUGCAGGACUUCGUGAACAUGUCGCAAUUCCUGAACAUGUUCAUAUACAAGUCGAUCACGGGCCAGUUGUUUGAUCUCAAAACUAUCCAGAACAACGAGGUUUUUACGUCGCUCCAUACAUUAUUACUGGCGCUGUAUAGACGCGACUGUCGCCGACCGUACGCUCCGCCCCACCACUGGCUGGUCAAGGAGAUUAGGGACACGCACUUCAUGGCUGACUUGGAGAAGGGGAAGAAACCUCAACAGGUCCUGGUACAAAAAACGCCGCAUAUGAUAGCUCACGGUGAACGAGUCCGGCUGUUUAGGAGAGCCGUUGCUGAUGAGAAGGUGGUGCUAGGUCUGACGGAGCGUGCGUGCGGAGGUCGAUCUACGCUGGUCACGGUCCGUCGGACGCGUCUCGUUGAGGACGGAUAUAGACAGCUGGCAGCUCUGCCCAGCCGAGCUCUGAGAGCUGUGGUCAGGGUGAGGUUCAUCAACGAGCAGGGGCUGGACGAGGCCGGCAUAGACCAAGAUGGCGUCUUUAAAGAGUUCCUCGAGGAGACCAUAAAGCGUGUAUUUGAUCCGUCAUUGAAUCUGUUCCGCGUGACGAGCGAGGAGCGUCUCUAUCCCUCACCGACGUCAUGCUUACAAGAAAACCACCUGCAACUGUUCGAGUUCAUUGGCAGGAUGUUGGGGAAAGCCGUCUAUGAGGGUAUAGUGGUGGAUGUGCCGUUCGCUUCGUUCUUCCUGAGCCAGGUUUUAGGUCAGACGACUCAAGCUCUGUACAGCUGGAUCGAUGAGCUGCCAUCGCUUGACAAAGACCUGUACAGAAGCCUCACAUAUAUAAAACAUUUCCAGGGUGACAUAUCGUCCUUGGAACUAACGUUUUCUGUGGACGAAGAGAGGCUAGGGGAGAUCGUGACUCACGAACUGGUGCCAGGAGGGAAGUGUAUACCGGUUACUAAUGAGAACAAAAUAAACUACAUACACCUGAUGGCUCACUUCAGGAUGCACACGCAGAUAAAGGAUCAGACCAACGCUUUCAUUGUGGGCUUUAGGACGAUCAUUAACCCGGAGUGGCUCUCGCUGUUCUCUACCCCGGAGCUGCAGCGCCUCAUCAGCGGCGACAACGUGCCCUUGGACCUGCGCGACCUGCGGCGGCACACGCAGUACUACGGCGGCUUCCACGACUCGCACCGCGUCGUGUGUUGGCUGUGGGACGUGCUGCAGAGAGACUUCACAGAGAACGAACGAGCAAUGUUCCUUAAGUUCGUGACGUCAUGCUCCAAGCCCCCAGUGUUGGGCUUCGCUCAUCUGAAGCCGCCGUUUUCUAUCCGCUGCGUCGAGGUCGGUGACGACGAGGACACGGGGGAUACUAUUGGGAGCGUUAUACGAGGCUUCUUCACAAUAAGGAAGAAGGACCCCCUGAACAGACUACCGACGUCGUCGACGUGUUUCAAUCUACUUAAACUACCGAACUACCAAAAGAGAAGUACACUGCGAGAUAAACUGCGGUACGCGGUUAAUUGUAACACAGGUUUCGAACUAUCUUAAAAUAUUAAAAAGAUGCAAAUGCACGAAUUUAUGUAAAAUAAAAACAUGAAGUAUAGUCGCCACAAAUGUAACAUAGAUGGCGCUGAACUUGUAACAAUUUUAAGUUUUCAACGAAGAUCUUCAUUUUAUGCCAAAACAUAUUUUUAAAAGCUCCAAAUGUUCUCGGGGACUUGAGACAAACACAUCACGGUUAGUCUUGUGUAUAUAUUUUAAAAGGAACUUGUAAUUGUACUGUUUUAAAAUUUUACUUGUAUUUUUAGUUUUUCUGUUCACGAUGUGUUUGUAAGUCAUAAUACAUGCAUCUGUUUUUCUACACAAUAUUUUUAUAUAUACUUGAAAAAAAAUAUAUAACAUUGAUUAAGAUGAAUAAUAUAAAGUAAAAGUAAGAUCAGAAUUUAUGUAUGUAUAUAAAUUGAAUAGUUAAAUUUGGACUGUCAUUUACCAUAUUCAAUGAAAGUGAAUCCGUGAACUCGAUGUUAGUCUUAAUAAUAUAUAUUUUUUAAUUUAUUUAAUGGCCAGUAUGUGAUGUACGCACUAUACAUAAUUUUUAAUAUCUCUAUAUAUAAUGUAUGUCGCUUUGUAAACAAUGUAUCAUUUACCAAACGCUAGUAUAAAAUUCAAAGCUGUCACAUUUCCAGUCCCAAAAUAAAUAGGUAUAUAGAAAAUAAAAUGUUAUCUAAAGCUGAUAUUGUGUGUGAAAAAUAAAUUAUUCUUAUAAUAAACGGUCGGUCACCUUUGAAAUGAUAUCAGUUGUUAACAAUUUUCUAUAUAUCUUAUACACACACACACAUAUAUAUAUAUGUGUGUGUGUGUCUAGUGGGCCUUUGGUGUUGUCAGCUACAUAUUAGCACAUUUCGCUGUGUAAUUGCAAAAAUCGUAAAGUUUUUAAUGACUCAUGUUAUAUGUAUAUAUGAAUGUAUUGUGUAAUAGUUUUAUAGAGCUUCAACAAUGCGCAUGGACCCUGUGUCGUGUCUUCAACUGAUUAUAUCGGUUUCGAGAUAAAGUUAGUUUCAUAUUAAAAGAAAAACAGGGAAUCAUUAGUAAAUGUAUCGAAAAGAUGUCUCUCACUGUACAGGGAGGAGAAUUAUACGUCAUUUUAGUGUGUUUUUUUUCUUUAAUUUUGGUAAAACUUGUCUCAAUCGAUACGAAUUAUUUAAUUCACUCGACAUUGUAAAAAUAUAUAUUAAUUUUUUUUUUUUUGAGAAAUGUUUAUUAUUGUAGUAAAGUUUACGUUUUGUUGUUAUUUUUAGUUAAAUUUAUUUCCUGAUCUGUAAUGUACUGUAUAUAGACGUGGGGGGAGGUGUUUUGUAGUGGUGUUCCCAUUUUCACUUGUAUCUUAAGUGUUUAUUAAUCUAUACAUAUUUAGAACAUUGUAAGAUAUAUUUUGUACUAGCCACGUAAAUAUGUUGUAUAACACAAUGUGAUUCUCUGUGAUAAAAUAAUUCGUAUUUAUAAA